AUGCCGACUCUGAUCACCUCGCGGCCCCUGGCUCUGCUGCUUCUGCUGCUGCAGCCACUACAAUUUAAGAUUUUGCGUGUCAGUCUCGAUAAGUCAGAGGAAGAGAUAGAACAGUUUGAAGAUUACUUGGAGGAACUGCACAGCUCAGGACCUGCCAAACCUCUGACCAAGGAGGCUUUCCAAAGACGUACAAUUAUCGAUCCUGAGAGACCACUAACUGAUCCAGACUACUGUACUGAUGAAAUGAAGAUGAAAAAUGUUCACGACAAGUUCCGUUGUGUCAGAGAACAUUUCUUCCUCCAAAUAGCAUAUGAGGACUUGCAAAAGAUCUGUAAAAACUUAUUUGUGCCUUGUAAGAAUGGAGUUAAGAAAUGUCACAGGAGCAGGCAACUAGUAGAAGGGGUGUAUUGUAAUUUAACGAGAGGAGCUAGAAUGUCAGACUGUGAAUAUGAAUCUUCUUAUAGGAAGGGCCAUGUCCUUAUCACUUGUCGAUGGCAAGAUGAUAUUCAAGAAAUUAUUCCUGCUUACGUAAAUGAUAUUAUGGUUUUACAUACUGAUGUCAAGGGUAAUAGCCUCUUCCACAAUGAAGCACAGUGGCCAUUCUAA